AAGGAACACCACUAACAAGGAAGGGGGUCACAUAUUUUUGGUUUGGUUGAGAAGGUAAAUAUUACAAGUUUAGUUUGUUAUUGAAUACAAUCUACUGUUUCCAGGCAGUUUGCUAGAACUUGAAGUUAAAGAUAUAUAAAGACUAAAUCAUAAUGCAAAUUGACAAGCAAACGUUUAUCUUCUUUGUGAUUAUGUUCAUAUUCCUAUCUGUACCUGGAGGAGGUGACCAGCCACAUUCGGAUAGGGAUAAGGUGACUCUUGAAAAGUUCAAACAAUGCACUGAGUCUGCGUUUGCCGAACUUUCAAAUACCACCUAUACAGGAGGGUAUGGGAAUGUUACGGGGUUUUUAUUGUCAUACAAUGACUCCUUGGAACAUAAGAAUGCUUCCAAUUGGCCCAUUCAUGAGUAUAACUCUGAACAUCCAUGGGUAGAAGAUGAGAAAUUUUCAGUGCUUCCUAAUGUUGUCAGUGAAAAAGUUCAAUCAUUUUGGAGUAAAGAUAGAGUUGGAGAAGGAGACGAUGAAUUGGCCUACAUGUUAAAUAUAACUGGUAGAACAUACGGAAAAUUCGUUAGUAAUGGUACUGAAUUGGGUGUUAAACCGGUAAAGUUGUCCAUACCAAGCUAUUUGAAAGACUAUGCGGCAGAGUACACUGAUUAUAAAAGAAGAGAGGAACAAGAAAGAUAUGAUAAUGAUCCUGAUACGAAUGAUCCCCCUUCAGAUUACCCACUUGGGGAUUGGGAAUCGAAUAGUAGAGAUGGGAAUAUUACUGCGACAGAUGGUAAAAUUUAUAUAGGACUUGAAAAUAUGGAUUACACUUUUAAAGAAGCUGAAUUUAAGAAUAUCAAGGAAGAAGAUCACAUAAAUAAUGCUAUGUUUGUUAAUGUUGAAGUUUUGCUUUCUGAUUUUCCUUCGAUCGAACAGCAUCGUGUCACGAUGAUUGGGGUCUAUCUCCAAGACUCUGGGAGUUUACUAACAGCCACAACAUCUGCCAAAUUUCGGUCAAACUUUGCCUUACCUCAUUUAUCCAUGACUUCGGAAAAUUAUGAUCUCUCACAAAAACUUUUGAGCCAAUUAAUGAAUCUAGAUGGUUCUGAUAAUAAUUUUUCAACUGAUAUUUUAAAUCGUCAUAUAAUUAAGGCCAACGACCAAUGUGAGUACAUUCUAUAUGCUCAAUUUGAGAAAACCGAAUUUACUAAAAAGGAAUUGAGAGAAAUUGAUGAUGAAUUAAGAAUUCCUACUGGAAGACCAUUAAAGUCAAAAAUCCCAAAGUUAAAAAUAAAACAGUUUUUGUUAUACUCUCCUGAUUGUGGUAGAGUUAUUCAAUCAGCCCCAGGUGUUAUUGUUGAAGGUGACAAGAGAGAGGUGUUCAAUCUUCGUAUUAAGACUAUGCUUACCUUAUUUGCUGGUUUACUCAUGCUUCAACUUAUUUUGUUUAUUAGACAGAUUCAAAUUGUUAAAACCCCUGGACAACUUUCAACUUUAUCAAGUACCACAGUUUCCAUUUUUGGCUACCAAGAUUCACUUGUUGCUUUGUGUACUUUGUUGACUACUAAUCUUUAUUAUGGGUUAUAUUUAUUACCUGUUUGUAUGUGUGUCUUUUCAUUUAUUAUGGCUGGCAUCUUUGAAAUGAGAUUUCUUGUGAACAUUUUAGUGAAUCAAGCAAAUGAAAGAGGAAUCUCCUGGUGGGAAAUUCUUAGAUCUUCUUCCAGUAGACAACAAAAUGAACAAGCACAAACAGCAAAUGAGAAUACUGGAAAUGAAACUACAGAGGGGGCUGCUGCUGCUGCUGGUACUGGAGUUAUAAAUAAUACCACUGGAACUGCAGUAACAAUGGACCAAACUGAUGAAUCCAGAAUUGCUAAUGGUCUUUUCGCGAAGACAUUCUUCUUAACAUUAACAUCUUUUUUCUUUUUGAUUACAGCCUUACAAUGGAGAAAUUCUUUUAGACACAUUAGUGAAUUUAUUGGAUUGAUUUUGAUGAAUACUUAUUGGCUUCCACAAUUUUUUAGAAAUACCUUGAAAAAUCGCCGGCGAUCAUUUCUGUGGGAAUUUAUUAUCUGUUCAUCAUUUUUAAGAGUUUGUCCAGUUUAUUAUUUGACCCUUUAUGAAAACAAUCCAAUGAGACAUCAUAAAAAUGUUCCAUUGGCUUUAACUGUGACUAUAUGGUUAGUUUUCCAAAUGGUUUUAUUAAAAUUACAAGAAAAGUUUGGCGCCAGAUUCUGGAUUAAUGACAAAUGGCUUCCAAAGGCGUAUGAUUACCAUCCAAUACUUAAUGUAUCAGAUUUGGAAAAUGGAUUCUCAUCAGAUAUUCUUGCCAAUAUACGCGAAUUACAUGAAGCAGAUGAUAGUACAGGAAUUGUUACAUGCAAGGUUGAUUGUACCAUUUGUAUGAAUGAAAUUGACCUCCCAGUGAUUGUGAAUUCAGAAGUUAAAAUUACAGGCCCCGGUUCGACUGAUCGAGCUCACGCACAGGAAUAUAUGAUCACACCGUGUCAUCACAUAUUCCAUACUGAAUGUCUUGAAGAUUGGAUGAAAUAUAAGCUUCAAUGUCCUGUAUGUCGAUCAUCUCUACCACCGGUAUAAUGACCAGAAUUUCAUUUACUCGUGUGAUAUACAAUGUACAAUGUACAAUAAUUUUACAUUUAUAGUUUCCAUCAAAGAUGAGA